AUUUUCAUGCAGAAACUUUAAAUCUUGUUUUUGCAAACAAUUUGAAUUAAAAACAGAAAAAUUGGAUAAUUGAGAAUCAUUAAAGAUUAAUAUCCAAUUGGAUACAGUUGGACAAGUCGAGGAUCAUCAAUAAAAGGCUAAAUAUAAGGAUUCUCGGAGAAAUACGAGCAAUUAACAACAAAUAAGUACCUAAAAACAACACAGCAAUAAGCCAUGGCCCACUACAAAGGAGCAGCCAGUGAAGCUGGCCGAGCAAUGCAGCUCAUCAAAAAGCGUGAGCUCCAACAGCAAGAAGCAGAACUCCGCAAAAAGAAAAUUGAAGAAGAAAUGAAAGUCCAGAACAUUGACAGCAAGUUUGCAGCUCACAUUGAUGCUGUCGAAAUGCAACUGAAAGUCAGCACUGUCGGUCUUGUUACGCUUGAUGAAAUGAAGGCUAAGCAGGAGACGAUGGUGCAGGAACGAGAAAAGAAACUGGCAAGAAAAGAGAUGGAAAAGCAUUCAGAAAAGUUGAAGCAACUUGAAGCCAAAGAAGCGGAAAAGUCAAAGCAAAGGAAGCAAAUUCAGGCAUUGUCAUUCAAAGUAGAUGAUGAUGAGGAGGAAGACGAGGACAGCAGCUCAUCUGACAGUAACCAAAAGUGGUCAGAACAUGAGCCAGUCAAGAAGAAAAUUAAAAAGAAUCCAAAUGUUGACACAAGUUUCCUGCCUGACCGCGAACGUGAAGAAGCUGACAAUAAAUUGCGGGAAGAACUAAGGCAGGAGUGGGUCGUUAAGCAGACGACAUUGAAGGACGAGGAAAUUGAAAUAACAUUCUCAUAUUGGGACGGCAGUGGACACAGAAAGGCACUGAAGAUGAGGAAAGGAAAUUCAAUUUAUCAGUUCCUGCAAAAGUCACUUGACGAAGUCCUAAGAAAGGAAUUUCCAGAACUCAAGACAGUCUCAGCUGAUCAGUUAAUGUACGUCAAAGAAGAUUUGAUUCUCCCACAACAUUACACAUUCUAUGACUUUAUAGUCACUAAGGCAAGAGGAAAAUCAGGUCCGUUGUUCCAAUUUGAUGUCAAAGACGACAUUCGAAUGAUUUCAGACGCGACAGUCGAGAAGGAAGAGUCUCACGCUGGUAAAGUGUUGCUGAGGAGUUGGUAUGAAAGGAAUAAGCACAUCUUUCCAGCUAGUCGAUGGGAACCAUUUGAUCCGACCAAGAGUUAUGAUAAAUAUACUUAUAAAGAUAAGAAGGAGAAGUAGAAGCUGUAGAUUGAAUUUGGAAGGGAAUAAAAAAAAUGUUUAAAAAUAA